UCAAGACACCCAUCAGUACCCAGGACCAACUUCUUCUACCCCCAGAUCUUCAAAUGGGCUUCAUCAGGUAACAGUGCUGACCACGAUGCUAUCAGGCCGGUGGUGGCCAAGUACCUGGGGAAGUCUAGGGCUUGGGUCCCAAAACUCACCUCAAGGAUCUCAGCUCUGUGCCCUCUACGCCUUUAAGUAUACUGGAACAGAUGGCCGGCAGGUGUCUCUAGCUGAAGGUGACAGGUUUCUACUGCUUCAAAAAACCAACUCGGACUGGUGGUUGGCAAGACGAGUAGGAGCCCCCACCACCUCCCGACCCAUCUUUGUCCCUGCUGCCUACAUGACAGAAGAACCCAUUCCUUCCCAGAGCCCAACUAUUGUUACUUCUAGCCAAUCCCUCUGGACCACUGGGCCAAAGUUAUUUCAUGGCUCCCUAAAGGAGCUCCGCCCAUCUCCAGUUCCCCAGGCUACAUCUGUGCAUCCUCCUCCCCUACCCACCAAAAUCUAUAGAAGUGUCAGUGUUGCCAAUUUGAGGCCUAGCCUCCUGCAGCCCCUCGAGGAAGAACCAAGUGAAAGAGCCCUCUCCCAGAAACACUUACUGACAGAGGCUGAUGCCAACCUGGUGGAACCCCAGCCCCUCAUGUCAGAGAACCCAGUGUACUGUAAUCUAGUGGACCUUCGCCGCUGUUCUAGGUCUCCACCCCCAGACCCUGCAUGCCCCCCAUUGCAGAGGCUGGACGCCUGGGAGCAGCACUUAGAUCUCAACUCCGGACGUUGCUUUUACAUAAAUUCACUGACUGGCUGCAAGUCCUGGAAGCCCCCACGCCUGAGUCGCAUCAGAGAAGAGACUCAGAACCCUGGCUCCAUGGAGGGGACACACAGCUUGAAUAGUGACAAUGGUGUCCUGCAACCUGAGGUGAAGGGCUCAGGAUCUACCACAGGGACCCUGGAAUGGCUCCACCCACAGGAUUCACUCUGUCUCAGCCAGCGCACCUCCCGGGUGUCUCUGUCAGGACCACUUCCAGCCUCACAGACCCCUCGAGCUCUCCCAGAGCUUCUGGAUGACCCCCAUGAAGUAGAAAAGUCUGGCCUGCUCAAUAUGACCAAGAUUGCUCAAGGGGGGCGCAAGCUCAGGAAAAACUGGGGCCAGUCUUGGGUGGUGCUAGCAGGUAACAGCCUGAUGUUCUAUCGGGAGCCGCCGCCACCAACUGCGCCCUCCCCAGGCUGGGCACCAGCGGGAAGCCGACCCGAAAGUAGCGUGGACCUGCGCGGGGCGGCCCUGGCGCACGGGCGCCACCUCUCCAGUCGCCGCAACGUCCUGCACAUCCGUACCGUCCCUGGCCACGAGUUCCUGCUGCAAUCGGACCAAGAGAGCGAGCUGCGUGCCUGGCACCGUGCGCUGCGGGCAGUCAUCGAACGGCUGGAUCGUGAGAAUCCCUUGGAGCUGCGCCUGUCCGGCUCCGGUCCGGCAGAGCUGGCGCAGCUGAGUGCCGGGGAGGAUGAAGAAGAGGAGUCGGAGCCGGUGACCAAGCCACUGCUGCGGCUCAGCGGCCUCAGGAGCUCCAGACGGUGUCCUGAAGGCACAGAGCAGAACCGUGUGCGGAACAAGCUCAAGCGGCUUAUCGCCAAGAGACCUCCCUUGCAAAGCCUUCAGGAGCGGGGUCUUCUCCGAGACCAGGUAUUUGGCUGCCAGUUGGAAUCAUUGUGUCAACGGGAAGGGGACACCGUGCCCAGCUUUGUGAGGCUCUGCAUUGCUGCGGUAGAUAAAAGAGGUCUAGAUGUAGAUGGAAUUUACCGGGUAAGCGGGAACUUGGCUGUGGUCCAGAAACUUCGUUUCCUGGUGGACAGAGAGCGGGCAGUCACCUCUGAUGGGAGGUAUAUGUUCCCAGAACAUCCAGGACAAGAAAGUCGAUUAGACUUGGACAGUGCUGAAUGGGAUGACAUUCAUGUGGUCACUGGAGCCCUGAAGCUCUUUCUCCGGGAACUGCCUCAACCUCUGGUGCCACCCUUGCUGCUGCCCCAUUUCCGUGCUGCCCUCGCACUCUCGGAAUCAAAGCAGCGCCUUUCUCAAAUACAAGAAUUGAUAGACACAAUGCCAAAGCCUAACCAUGAUACUCUACGGUACCUCUUGGAGCAUUUAUGCAGGGUGAUAGCACAUUCAGAUAAGAACCGCAUGACCCCCCACAACCUGGGAAUUGUGUUUGGACCAACCCUGUUUCGACCAGAGCAAGAGACAUCUGACCUGGCAGCCCAUGCACUCUACCCUGGGCAGCUGGUCCAGCUGUUGCUCACUGACUUCACCAGCCUCUUCCCCUGACUUGGGCAAGGAAGAAGAAACCAUUGCCAGUGAUCUGUUGGCUAGCCGUUGGUGUGUGUGUGUGUGUGUGUGUGUGUGUGUGUGUGUGUGUGUGUGUAGUGUUGUUUUGAGGACAUUGUUAAACAGUCUCCCAAAGGACCCUCUUCAACUUUCUGAGUCUGACUCGAUUUGGUUUGAAUUGGAUAAGGGAGCACUCUAAAGAGGAAAGUAGGAGAAUGACCCCUAUUUUUCUUCUUGGUCCUUCCCCAAUAUAUCACAUAAAAACAGCAGUCCUUUA